AUGGCGGCGAAAGCGACGUCGAAUAAUAUCAACUUUAACCCGUUUCAAUCGAGCUCGAACGCACUCGCGGAACCGUAUCGAGGGAGGAGGAAAAUGCCGAGCUCGAUGACGAAAAUACCUCGAUAUUUAUACGAUAUCGGCUUGAACAAAGCGAAGGACAUAUAUUGCACGUCGAAAGUGACAUCGGCAAUUAAAGGGUUCGAUUUAAACAUGUUUAAGAGAGAUGCGUCGAUAUUGUACGAGGAGAUAUCGAGAGCGAUUGCGAAUAACAAUUUGUCCAGUUGUCGCCGAGACGUGAGCGAUAAAGUGAUGCAAGAGUUGAAGCAAGAGCAGAAAAGAAGGACGAAGAACGGGUGGUCGAGGAUUCGGUGGAAUUUGAGCGAAAAAGGGGUGGAGAACGUUUCCGUGGUGCAAGGACGGAUGAUGGCGACCAGUCAGGACUUGACCAACGCGUUCGCGCAGUUUACGGUGAGGUUCGAGAGCAGACAAGAGUUUGGCGCGUACGACGACAACGACCGGUUAGUCGCCGGGGAUUCCGAGGAGGUUGGGGCAAAUUUGAAGGUUGUAGAUCAUUGGGUGUUUGAGAGAGGUAUAGGACCAAUUCACAAGACGAAUUCGAGGUGGCGGUUGUGCGCGAGACUGAUCGUAGAGGAGUGA